CGAGAAAGCAUCGAGUGACGUAGACGAAGAAGACAUGUCAAGAGCACCUGUUGUUUUUUCAGCAGUUUAUGAAGGAAAAAAGUACGCAUUAAAAAGUUUAAAUAAUAAUCUAAGUAUUGACAAAAAAAUAUUUAAAGAGACAAAACGUGGAAGCAUACCUGAAGAAAAAGAUAAGCUUACAACACAACUAAACGAAUCCUCAUAUUAUCCAGUUUUUAUCGAACCUUCUUUAAUUGAACGCCAUGAUAGUUUUUCAAAUUUAACUCUAUGGCCACUAUUUCAUUAUUGCCGUCCUGGUGAAAAGUUUUUCUGUCAAGAAGAUUGGGAUUCAUAUAAGAUUGUUAAUGAACUUUUUGCAAAAAUUAUUAAUGACGUAGUUGAAGAUGGCGACUUAAUAUGGAUACAUGGACAUCAUCUUAUGCUUCUGCCAGGCAUAUUAAGAGAAAAAAUUAGUUUGUCAACUAAACCUAAUAGAGUUUACUAUGAAGAUAGGCAUGUGCAUGUUGGUAUAUUUCCUAUCGGUAUUGAUCCGGAAAGGUUCAUUGAAAACUUAAAUGACAUGGAAGUUCAAAAACAUAUUAAAGACUUGAAAGAAAAAUUUAAAGAUAUUAAAAUUAUUUCAAGCAUAGAUCAAUUGGAUUAUAUUAAAGGUGUUCCACAAAAAUUACAUGCUUUAGAUUUAUUCCUAAGUAAAAAUCCUGAAUGGAUUGGUAAAGUUGUACUUGUUCAAGUUGUCAAGUCUUCGCGAUGGAAUACUGAGGAGCGCAAUAAUUUAAGUCAGGUUGUUUAUGAGUUAGCUGGAAAAAUUAAUGGGAAGUUUUGUACUUUUAAAUCAUCACCCAUUCACUUCAUGCAGCGUAAUCUUUCUUUUAAAGAAUUGUUAGCAUUAUAUACGGUAUCAGAUGUAUUCAUAGUUUCAUCAUUAAGAGAUGGCAUGAAUGUUUUACCUUAUCAAUACAUUUCAUGUCAACAAGAAAAUCAAGGAGUGUUGAUUCUUAGUGAGUUUGCAGGAGCAGCACAAUGUUUGGAUGGUAAAUAUUAA